AUUCUUAUCCUUUUCAGUACUCUCACUCUUUUCUCUCCCCCAAAACCUUCAUUUCCAGUAUCUUCUACAACAUUAUACACCCAAAAAUAUAUAUAUUAAUAGUUGUUGAGAUGAGAAGAGUAUUAUUACAAUAUUCAAGCCCAGAAAUUUUACACUCUUCAAUAAGUUCAUCAGAUCCAACAAUUACUUUCCACCCUAUGAAUGAUUCUGCUGCUGCUACAGCAAUUGGAAGACCAUUUAAGUUUUCUGCACCUUUCGAUUCAUCAAUGGGGUUAACGAUUCUCGUACUUCUUACUGCUCUGUUUUUCAUGGGUUUUUUCUCUAUUUACAUACGUCACUUCGCCGGAGAUACAACUACUUCUGCUUCCGAUGAACGACGCCGGAGAAAUCAAUCUCCGUCAUCGUCUUCCUCAGCGGCGCCCAGGUUGUCAUGCCGAAAAGGGAUGGACCCAUCGACGGUGCAGUCACUGCCGUUGAUUUCUUACGGUGGAGCCGCGAAGCACUUGAUCGAAGACUGUCCGAUUUGUUUAACUGAGUUCGAGGUGAGUGAACUCGUUCGACUCAUUCCGUACUGUCGUCACGUGUUCCAUCAACAGUGUCUUGACACGUGGCUAGCAUCGCACGUGACUUGUCCACUCUGUCGGUCCACGCAGUUUUUCAAGGAGGUGGAUGAGGUUUGUUUGGAUAUAGUUGAUGUAAGAAAUGAGAAUGGUGUGAGUGAAAGAUCAACGGUUCAGGAGUGUGACACGUGUAGGAGCAUUAGGAGAUCAUGUAGCUCUUCAGAUUUGGGGAGUAGAGUAACAUUGCAUAGAAGUGCAAGUUUCUGAAAAAAAAGAAAAAAAAUUGUAAAGAAUUUGUAAGUAUUAGUACUACUACUUUUGUACAGCACUUGAAUUGACUAAUUAUUGUGAUUUAUUAUUUAUUGUGAAGUA